CGCUGAAACGAUUGAAAUCCCGCUAAAGUUCGCAAGGUUUUUCAGAACGAUAGACACGAUAACUUCUCCAUGUAAUAGUCUGGUUAAUAAAUUUUCACUUUUUAUUGAAUUUUCAAAUAACUCUCUUACGAUGGGAGAAAAGGAUAGUGCUCAGAUAAUCGGAAUUCCUGAUGCUCUCUGUAGCAAAGCAGGCAUUGCAGCAAAUUGGCGAGCCGGAAAUCAACUGGGUGUUUUUCCACAUAGACAAAUUAAUACACAUACCAAUGACAAAAAGAGUGAUUUCUACCCGUGUGAAGCGAGAAUCCACCUUCUCCGCCAAGAAAUCAUUCUGUUUCACCCCACACUCAGAAAGCUAGUGAAUGAAAGUAAUGGAGUAUUCGUCUCGAUAAGGAACCUGAAGAAGACUAAGGCAAACGAAGCUAGGUCCGAAUUAGUGAAAUAUAGCAAGCAGUACAGAUCGAUCCUUCGAGCAUGUGUCGAAAGUUUGCAGGAGACUGCCACCAAGGCAAUGGCAGACAAGAAAAACCUUCUGGAAGAUUUUCUCACUAUUUUUUACAACGUCGAGUGUGUGUGGCACCUGACAGAGAUAUUAUACAUCGAUACAAUUCCAGGAGACGUUAUUCUCCCUCAACUGAUGGAAUGGGUGCGUUUUCACUUUCCCUCUCGUGAGCUAACGGCUACGAAGAUUCUCGCUAAAAAGACAAUCGGCGCCGAGUUGGAGUCCCAAAACUAUUGGGAAUCAGUAUUUGCCUGUGCCCUCCAUGGGAAAUUAGACAUAGUGCGUGCCCUUCUCCUGUACCACAGUUCUGCCGACAAUCGAGGUUUCGUAGCAGCCGAAAACAUUCUCCGAACAAUGCCUGUCUACAACGUCUACGGUGGAUACUCUGUAAACGAAUUUACAAUGCGCUGGAAGUACUGGCAACUAGAUCUAUCCUCCAACAUCGAGUGUAGGACAUUUUCAGUAGACGCUAACUUGGAAAAAUUAAUGACACUCGUUGUUGGUGAUGAAAACAUUCUCUGGGAGUUGACUAAAUAUACGGACGCCUGGUAUGAACUUUUAGCUGCUAAAUUAUUCUACUCCUCGCCCUGCUGUAAGCAGCCAGAACUAUCAAGACAUGCCAACAAUAUUGCCGAGAAAUGGUAUGCAAGGAGAAAUCUCGAUAACGUUAUUUUAGCUCUGAUGGAGAGUGAUCUACAUCAGGUGAUCAAGCAGAUUCAGUACAUGAAUGAUAACGGAUGGUUUGCAGCUCAUCUGACUGAUCUAUUAUACAACAGUGAGAAGCUCAAUAUCAUCGAUAAAGAUCAGUCAAAUGUUACCGAUAAACUUCACGAAUCCCUGAUACUGGAUUAUGGAAGUACAUUGAUGGAGAAUUCAUCGUUGUGGCAGUGUGGAGCCAGUUAUUUGGCACAUUGUCCCACCCAGGGAUUGGCAAGACUGGAGACACUUCUCCUGAGCAUUCCCUUAACCAACGAGGCCAAAGUCCUGAAAAUUAUCAAUGUGGCGCAGGAAAAUGGAUUGGGUAAUGUCGUGGCGAGUGUCUCGAAGAUUCAGGGAAUGAAGUCAAUCAGACAAGGAAGACCGGGAAACGCCUUGGUUUGGGCUCUCAAGGCUCAGGAUGGGCCCUUUGCUACGUAUAUUGCUGAUCAAUUUCUCAAGAAAUAUACAGCGAAGGGGGAACUGGAGUGCAGAGAUCUGCUGGAGAAUUUGGGAAGGUAUAUGCUGACUAGUGAUAGACUGACGUUUUUGGGGAAGUACUGCGAGUUUCAUCAGAUGUACGAAAUUGGGGAGUUUAAAGAAGCUGCCAGGCUACUUGUUUCACUGAUUGUGUCCAAUUUGACGCCUAAAUACUUCUGGCCGAUUCUUCUAUCCGAUGCUAUACCUCUAUUGGAAUCUGAGGACGUGAUGCUGUCUAGUGAAGAUACAUUUACACUAAUGAGGUGUGUAGAAGAGCACGGAGGUUCGUCUGAAUUCCAGGAUAAACUUGAAAUAUUCAGGUUAGCUGUGGCAAGGAACCUAUCUCGAGCCCUAAUUGUUGAGGAUUGCCAAAUCGAUUGAUCAAUGAUAAUUUUUACCCAAUGUUAUUGUAAAAUAAAGUGUACCCAUUUUUUUAGAAAUAAUUUUUCAAAUAAAUGAGUCGAUGUGAUCCAGAAGUAUCACAUUUUUUCUGAAUUAUCAAUGACUAUGUGUCGGAAAGAGAUGGAGAACCGAAUGAAUAAUGACUAUGAAGAAACAUUUAUGCACGUGCAUUGAGAAGUAAAUGAUGUCGUGAGUGUAUUGCCAAUGUGUCUAGUCGGUUUUCCGGAUAAUGACCACUGACGUCACAGGAUGUUCCACAGUGCGUGGUGCGAAAGUUGCAGUUGUAAUUUCUAUUGAAACUCUAUAAUGAAACGAAGUAGAAAUUUUCGAGUGAAGAUAAUUAAUGAUUACUUCAAGAAUUUGUGAGAACAGUUGGACAUAAUGGGAUAGAACAGUCUAUUGAAUUUCUAGUGAAAGCUUUAUGAAUUUCCGAGAGAUUCUUUUGAACGUAUUCCAAAAAUAUUCACCAAAAAACCCUGAAUAGGAUUAGAUUCAUUUGGUUUCACCAAUAAUACCAAUAAAACCCCCUGAAUUCUCCAAAUGUUUUCCCUCUCUUAUCGUCUACAUGACCUCUGUAAUAUUGCCUCCAAAAAUACCCUCAAAUCACUUAAUCCCUCAAGGAAUUCGAUGUUCCUGUUUAUCAAACAACGACAAGAGUGCUAUCAAUAUUAAUUCCGAUCUCUCCCCCGCAUAAUUCAAACAAACACCAGACGACUUAUCAAUAAAAGCACCAGCGGGUGGCAAUCAAUCCAACGAUGGUAAACGCGAUUGCGUCGUGUUAAGACGAUGUAUCAAUUGGUCAAUAUCCCAGGGACCUCAAGCCGAUUUGUAAUCGAUGUCGUUCUUGCUCCCUUGAAUGAACAAGUACAUUGGUAAAUUGAACGACGGGCAUCCGCCUCACACCUGCAUUUCUUUCUGCACACACCUGGUGUGUGAAUCAAUCCCAUCCCCCCUUGUACGGGACAUGAAUCCAUUAUUGAGUAUCCUCUUCAAAAUGAAUUUCAUGAAUAGCCGGAAGUAAAAACGACACGUAGCAUG